AAAUGUUAGUUUUCAGUGCAUAAAAUUAUUUUGGACAAAAUUGCAAAAACACAGUAAAUAGACAGAGAACAUUCGACGAACUUCACACCAUUGGAUUUAGUGAAUUUCUAUACUCUUUGAAAUUAGACGAAACGCUUUAGUUAUUACGAGCGAGCGUUCACCAAUGAAUAUAGCGGAAGUGCUGGGAAGUGUCUGUUGGUGCUUGUCUAAUAAACUAGCAAGACGAACACUGACGUAUGUUCGUUUGUGCUCGCUCGCAAAUGCUCGCUCAGUCUAUGAAAUGAACCUUGUUUAUUUACUACCCAAAGCGAACUUUUCUGCAAUAUAAUUGCAGGUGAAAGACAUAUCAAUUUAUUCUUUUACUAAAAUCAUUGUUGUCACUGCAAAAGCUAUGUCUAAUGAAGAUCGCCUACGGAAACUUUUAUCAGACUUAGGAAAAGCAACAUUACGUGGAGUUCGUAAAUGUCCAAAAUGUGGAACUUACAAUGGAUCCAGAGGCUUAUGUUGUAAAAAUAAAUAUUGUGAUGCAGUAUUUAAAGAACCUGGUGAAAAAAGGAAACUAUCAACUGAAGCUUGUAAACUUAUCACAGGCACAACUGCUCAAGUUUUUUCUGUUCGCGUACGUGAUAAAGGCCCAGAUUAUCGUGGAUUUGUUCAGUUGCCACUAAUAAAUACAACAAUUUCUAAUGAAAUGACAACACUUAUUUCACAAUCUACGGCACUCUGUUUUGUCGAUAGCUGUGAAAGAAGUUUUGACACUAGUGUUCUUAAAUGUCACGAAAAGAAUUCAUCUGAUGUGCCUGUUUCUUCCUGUCAACAUAUACAAGCAGCCUUAAGAUGUUAUGCAGAAGCACAGCCAUUAACAUUAAGAAACUCUAUUUUAUCAUCUUUAAAUGUAAAUAAUGAAAUGAAACAAGAAAUUUGGUUAUUAGCUACUGAAACUUCAGGUCCUUUAGUCCAGCGUGUGUCUAAAAAUAUUAUGGCAGUCAAGUGCAAAGCUUCACCUAAACAUCCAUUAGGCUAUCUUCAUUUUUCGUUGUUUGUAACUAAAUUAAAAGAUAGAAUUGAACAUCGCUACUUCUGUUCUUGUUCUACUUUUAAAGGAGUACCAAGGACAGGAGAAGAUAAAACAGAUAUAGCUCAAUCUUCCCAAAAUAAACGCUGUGUACAUUUUUAUGCAUGUAUUUGUGCAUUUGCUAGUGAUACAAAAUUAGCAGAAGAAUUUAGUUAUUAUAUUAAUUUAGAUCAAAACGAUUUAAGUAUACCAAAACCAUUAUCAACAGUAUUGCAGAAUAAUGAACAAGAUAGGAUAGUAGGCAUUGAUCUUGAUGGUUUAACUACACAUGAUACAGAUACACAUCUUUUAAUAUUUCGUGAUGAUACAUUGACAGUGCAAAGUUUAGAUGGAAAUAGAUUAGAUUUAGAUUCAAUGAAUUUGGAUUCUACAAUUCUACCACAUAACAUUGUUGAAAAUCUUGAAGUAGAAUGUGAUCGCUCAUUAUUAGAAGAUAAUAAUAUAAUACCACAGGUGCACAGUUUAGAAGUAAUUAAUCAAGGUGGUGUACAAGUUAGUGGAAAUUCAGUUAAAAUAAUAGAUAACCAUGCAAGCAUAGAUUCUAAAUAUAAUAUGCUUAACAACAGUCAGUAUAUCUUAAAUGACAAUAACAUAAAAAUACUGAAUACUGGAACUUUAAAAAUCCUUGAUACAAAUACUAUUUUAGAUGUACAUAAUAUGAAAUUAAUUGAUACCAAUCAUGUAAAAAUGGUAGAUAAGAAUGUGUUGGUAUCAUAUGAUACUGGAAAUAUAACAACCACAGAAAAUAAUACUUCACAGCAGCCAAUUUCAACAAAACGAAAAAGAAAUGAUAAACCAACAAGUACAAAUAUUAUAAAUUUGAAUAAUCUGAAUUCAAUAGAACCAAGAAAAGCUAAAACAAAAUUACAUGUUGUUAAAAAAUAUCAAAAUCCUUGUGAAGAUUUAGAUGAAGCUAAUAUAAACUUACCUUUUAUUAAAUGGCUUGCAUCAAUAACUGAAAGAAUAAAUCAGACUAUGCAUUUUCAAUUUGAUGGAAAACCAGAUCCAUUAGUUUUUCAUGUACCACAGAUAUUCUUUGAUUGUUUGCGAGAAAGAAUAUCUUGUGGUGGUAAAAAAAAACGUUUGCCAAAUUCAACAACAGCAUUUGUUAGAAAAGAUGGUGUACCUUUAGGUACAUUUACUAAAUAUACAUGGCAAAUUACAAACAUUUUACAUGUAAAGAGUAUUUUUGAAACUCCUCUUAUACCUUUAGAAAUUACAAGAAGUUUCGUACAAAAUGCAGAUGGCACAUACGAAUUGUACAAACGAGAAGAAACGGAAAUAGAUCGAUAUAAAAAAACAAAUAAUAAUGCAUUGAUUAAGCCUCUAGAAUUAAAAACGUAUUUGAAAGUCGGAAAUACUUCACCAAAUCAAGUUGAACCAACACCAUUUCUAAUUGAAUGGAUACCAGAUAUUUUACCAAUAUCAAAAAUUGGUGAGCUUAGAAUUAGAUUUGAAUUUGGUCACGUAAAAAAUGAGACGAAUCAAAAAUGGAGAAAAAUAGCAUUAUUAAAGAAUUAUUGAAUGAAUA